AUGAACACGCGUCGUUGCCACGGUCCUAGGAACAGUCAGGAAGGGGUGAACCUAGGACCUGCCCAGACCCAGUCACCACUGAUCCAGCUACAGGACCCACAACUCACAGUGCCCAGCCUACGUCCACCUGCCCCACUGGUGGACAUAAGCAACAUGUCUGUCAUGGACCGCACCAAUGAGUUCCAGUCAGUCUGCAGGUCACUACAGGGGAGACAGGUAAGUCAAAUGAGCAACAUAGAAAGGCCAUGUAUGUAUGUUAUGAACUACUAUCAACUGUCGAGAAUCAAAACAUUCUCUAGCUUCCCUACAAUGUGUGUGGAUGUACUUUACAAUUGCACACGACCCAGUUUAAUUUCACUGAUCAAUGUUGAUUGAGGUUCCUUUUUUUCCAGAAUGGGGUCCAGUCCAGUAAGCCAGCCCUCAGUGCAAUCAGACAACACAGUGACUUUAACCUCUUGGCAAAGUUAGUAGCAUUACACUGUGUUAUUAACAUGUUGAAUAUAAAUAAUAAUGAGAACAGAUACAUGUUGUUAUAUACAGCCCCUCUAUCAGUAUCCAUAUAGCCAACUCAACUGUUUGUUUCUUUCUAUUUAACAGGAGUAUUGGGAAGGAUUUGAGUAACACUUUUGCCAAACUAGAAAAACUCACAAUACGUAAAGAAGCAACCUCUUUAAAGUGAUUUUUUUUAGAAUAUAGUUGGUGUCCACAAUGUGGUUAUGGAUAUGUAGCUUACUGCUUCUUAUCUUUCCUAGUUGCCAAAAGGAAAUCCCUCUUUGACGACAAUGCUGUGGAGAUUGAGGAGUUAACCUACAUCGUUAAACAGGUGAGGAGAGACGUAGGCCUAUAGUAGAUUCCAUCAUUAUGCAGUGUUAUACUACAGUGUUUAUAUUUACAGAAGGCUAUUCAAGCACACUUCAGGCACACCUUUUUAGAUACCUUUUGAGAUGUUAAAGUGUUAGUAAAAGUAAACUGUCUAUUUUUAUUUCCUUUGUCCAGGACAUAAACAGUUUGAAUAAACAGAUAGCACAGCUGCAGGGCCUUGUGCGUGCCAGACAGAGUCAGAAUGGCAAACAUCUACAGACACAUUCCAGCACCAUCGUUGUCUCACUCCAGGUAACUUCCAUGCUCUGGCAUUCUGAUAUGUCCACUGGUUUUAUCCCAUGUAGAAUAGUACAUGUAACUUUUCCAUGUAGCAUUCAUUUCAUAAUCGCCUUUUUCUGUUGUAGUCAAAACUGGCAUCAAUGUCAAACGACUUCAAGUCCGUGCUGGAGGUCAGGACAGAGGUAAGGCAUGCUGGCACACACACAUCUUUUCACAGUAAAUCUUUUGACCAGCCUAGUUUUGAGUUCAUGUUCCAUGUACAGUGGGGUCCGAAAUUAUUGACACCCUUGAGAAAGAUGACUGUAUAAAAUAAAUAAUUCAAAUACUGAGCUACAUGUAACUGCCAAAAUAAAGGAAACACACAGGUGUGGUUCCUAAGUUAGGGUCGUGUAUAAAAAUGCUGGGCAGGCCAUUAUUUUGACUACCAUGGCUAUGUCCCCAUAUAAUUAAAAUGACCCAUCCACAGGGCACGAGUGAUCACUGAAUGGUUUGAUGAGCAUGAAAACAAUGUAAACCAUAUUCCAUAGUCGUCUCAAUAGCCAGAUCUCAACCCAAUUAAACACUUAUGGGAGAUUCUGGCACAACGCCUGAGACAACCUAAUUAUGGAAUUUAUGGCGCAUCCCACCAAUAGAGUUCCAGACACUUGUAGAAUCUAUGCCAGGGUGCAUUGAAGCUGUUCUGGCCCAUGGUGGCCCAACACCCUAUUAAGACACUAUGUUGGAGUUUACUUUAUUUUGGCAGUUACCUGUAUUUUGUAUGCUAAAAAAUGUGGGAAAUUAUAUUAUUUUAAACUAAUACAAUUGUUCAGAGAAAGAGAUUUUGUUUAGCAAAUAAGACUUUUUUUCUCAAAAAGGAAGGGGUAAAAAUUAUUGACACCCCUGUUUUCAAUACCUUUCAAUACCUCACCUUGCGAGGAUAACGGCACUGAUACUUUUUCUUAAAGGCUUUAUGAGUUGGAGAACACAUUGGGAGUGAUCUUAAACCAAUCCUUUAUACAGAAUUAUUUCAGAUCAUUGAUCUCCUUCGUCUGCGCUUAUGGACUGCCCUCUUCAAUUCAAACCAGAGGUUUUCAAUGGGUUUCAAGUUCGGCAACUGAGAUGGCCAUUGCAAAAUGUAGAUUUUUGUGGCCAAUUAACCCUUUCUUUGUGGAUUUUGAUGUGUGCUUGGGGUUAUUGUCUUGCCGGAAGAUCCACAUGUGGCCAAGUUUCAGCCUCCUGGCAGAGGCAUACAGGUUUUUGCCAAAAUAUGCUGGUACUGGGUAAAGUUCAUGAUGCCGUUGACCUUAACAAGGGCCCCAUAACAUCAAAGAUCCACCACCAUAUUUCACAGUAGAUAUUGGGUUAUUUUCUGCUCAUGCAUUCUCAUUUCAACGCCAAUCCCACCACUUAUGUGCGUGGCCAAAGAGCAUCCUACAAAUGUAAACACCUGGAGUUUGCUAAACGGCAUUAGCACUUGGAUUGGAACCGGUGCUUUGGACAGAUGACAUGAAAAUAAAGCUCUUUGGCCACGCACAUAAGUGGUGGGUUUGGCGUUGAAAUGAGAACCCCUACCUCUUUGAGAAAACACAUUAGUUGUUAAACAGCUGGUUGUUUUAUCAAGGGUUACCACUGUAUAUUUGUUGGUUUAUAAACAGUUUUAAACAUUGAUUUUCUUCUCGCCCCCACACUCUUUUCCCUUUGCAGAACCUCAAAGAGCAGAAGAGUAGAAUAGAUCCGUUUUCUCAAGCUCCAGCAUCCUCCUUCCAUAUCCAUACCAGCAACUUCAGUGAGGAAAAACUCUUAUCAGCUCUAAUUUACGAAACAACAGGAAAUAGGACAACCUGACUUACUACUCUCUCGUAGGUAACUCAUUGUUAAUGCAGGACGACUCUAAAAAGACAGCUGAAGUCUCUAUAGACUUCCGCGCCAGUCAACAGCUGCAGCUCAUCAAUAAACAGGUAUUACCUCCUCUUGAUUAUGUGGCGUUAAAGUGAUGGUGACAAUAAUAACAAUUGCAUUUAAAGCUUGACACACAGUCCGCUUGAAAUACAAACGCUUUUAUUGACUUGUUUCUGGAUUCAUGUGUAAAUCAAUAAUACUGGUUGUUGCUAAAUAAUUGGCAUUCAUGCUAAGUGGUCUAACUCAUGUGGUGUGUGUUUGUACAGGACUCUUACAUCCAGAGCCGUGCAGACACCAUGCAGAACAUAGAGACCACCAUUGUAGAGCUGGGCUCUAUAUUCCAGCAGCUGGCCCACAUGGUGAAGGAGCAGGAAGAGACUGUGCAGAGGUGAGGGAGAAAUGGGAAGAUGACAGAGAGACUGAGAUUAUCAAGCUGCUGGUAGAGAUGCUUUGUCCCUGAUAUGACAUAGUUGUUCUGGUGUUUUGUUGAGAUCAUAUAUCUAACUAUGAUCAGAUGGGGCGUGGUAAGCAGGCUAAUGAAACCUCUCACUCAUUGUCCUCCCCUUUUCCCAUCCUCUUUCCUGCAGAAUUGACGCCAAUGUGGACACCCAGCUCAACGUAGAUACGGCACAUUCAGAGAUCCUCAAGUACUUUCUGUCUGUCUCAUCCAACCGCUGGCUCAUGGUCAAAAUCUUCAUCGUCUUUGUGGUCUUCUUUGCCUGA